AUGAAGGUUGUAAACAGGUCAGAUCCGAAAACGGGUGAGUUAGAAGAUUUCACUAUGUAUAGUCUCUUGGAUCCCAAAGAGCAGUUUGAAACAUCGUUUAAGAAAUUUGCAGAAAAUGCCACACAAAAGGUACUGCUAAUAUUCAAUAUGCCAGGAUUUGAGAACGUAGUGACGACAAAUGAAAAGUUUAAGACUUGUGAAUACAACAACUGCAUGAUGACAAGCGACAAGUCUUACCUUAAAACGGCCGAUGCUCUUUUGUUUAUAAUAUGCAACAAAGGUAUGGGAUCUAAACCACCGAUUAGCCAGCAGAACAGAAAUCCCAAUCAGGCAUGGAUAUUCAAGUGCGGUGAAACGCCAAUACAUCAUUGGUUUAGUGAUUAUAAAUCAGCUGCUUGGGAUAACACAAUGAAUUGGUCAAUAUCUUACAGAAUCGAUUCAGAUAUGCCACAUCCUUAUGGAUAUCUUAAAACUAGGACAGUCCCAAGAACAUUGGAUUAUGAAUCUAUUUAUCAAGCUAAAACAAAAACUGUUCUAUGGGUUGUAAGUAACUGCAAUACACAAAGUGCACGUGGUCAGUAUGUCGCUGAACUUCAGAAGUAUGGAGUAGAUGUUGAUAUUUACGGGCGAUGUGGACCAAACCAUCGCAUUGACAAUGACAAUUUGAAUAAGAUAAUGCCAAAAUAUAAGUUUUACCUUGGAUUUGAGAAUUCUUUAUGCAACGAUUAUGUCACAGAAAAGUUUUUCUUUUAUUACGACUUUAAUUGGAUUGUUAUUGUCCGAGGUGGCGCCGACUACGAUCAUCUGCUACCGACGAAAACUUACAUUAAUACUGCCCACUUCUCAAAUGUGUCACUCUUGGCCGAAUACCUUUUGUAUCUUGGGAAUGACAUAGACAAAUAUGUUGACUUCUUGCGGAAGAAAGAUCGUUAUGAACAAAAGUACGAAUAUGGUCACAAAUAUAGUAUAUGCGAAAUCUGUAGAAGACUAAAUAAUGUUUCGAAGUUUAAGAAGACGUACAUCAAUAUGCGUGAUUAUCUUGAAAAUGGACAGUGUCGAAUGCCCACAGAUGUCAAGAGUUCGGAGAGUCAUACGCGAUAUCAGAAUCACGAACGCGUGUUCAAUCCUGUUAAAUGA